AGGGAGAGUUUCCCCGGAGUUGGCGCCGCGGUGUCCCGAGCCGCACACCUGUUGCUGUCCGGGCAGGGGUCCUACGCUUACCCCCUGGCGCCUUUAAGUCCCAGGCAAAUGGGAAAGGGGAGAAAAUGAUCCCAGGAGCCGGAGGAGGAGCUGCCAGACGCGAACUCCACGCGCGGCCCCGACUGGGGACUUGGCCUCCGUCACGUCUUCUGCCCGCCGUCCCCGGGGCCACCGGGCAUGAAGACCACUGACCUGGGCUUGCUUCCCAGGGUCGGGAGCGUCGGCGAUUCCCCUGCUUUCCCAGAGCCUCGGUGGCCCUGUCUGUGCAAGGGGAAGCGCACAGUGUGGGAGAAGUCGUGUUGCAGCUCCGCGUGCGACCUGCGGGGGCACGGGGUAGGGGUGGGGUCGCUGGGACGCGGGCCGGUUCUGGCCUUGGAACCGGAGCCGGCGCCCGAAGCCGCAUGUGGUGCGGUGCCCGGCCCUCUUUUGGGAGAACCCGGGAAAGCAGGGGCAGCGUCUAAAUCUUAAAGCUUUUGGAGUAAAACUCCAGCGGGCUCUUUGGCAGCCCCCAAAGGAAGGCGCGCUCGGAUGGGACCUAGGGCGUUGGAUGCUGAGAAAGUGCCUCCUUCCCUCCUCAUCCACCCCUUCGUGGGGGCACGGUUGUGGGAGCUGGGACUUGGUUUCUGAGAAAAGAAGGGCUCCAUGACCGGCACCUGCACACUCAGCCCAGCCCAGCCCGCUAGGCGCCCCGGCCGCAGGUGGCCGCCUCCCCCACCCGCCCAGCAAUGAAUCUCAGACUGGCUGCUUGCUUCGCCACCCAUCUCUGUAAGGGAGAAGUAAAUCCGGUGAAGACUUCUCUGCCUUUUACUCUAAGGCAGCCGCAAGGGCUAGUUGCUUUGAUGACCUGUAUUUGAAAGCUGUCACUUUGAGUUGUUUUUCUCUCGAUUUUAGUGAGUUAGUAAGACAUCAGUUAAUUGUACACAUUAGGAAAGGGUUUUGUCUUUUGUUUUGGAGAGGGAGAUACUAUUUAGUUUUUAUUUUUUUUGUGUGUGUGUUGUUGUUCCUUAUGGCUUUUUCUAGAAAAUUAGUCUUCCUGGCUAUGGAUAGUGACUGCUAUUUCUAGCUUACAUGUUGGACAAAAAUGCAAGGAAAACCACUGACUUUUAAAAUCUCAUUAUCUUCAUCUACAAAAUGGAAGUGAUUUUGCCCAUUUAGGGGCUUACUGUACCGUAAUGUUACACAGAGAUGGUCACAGAAGUUCAUUCCCCUCUGCCUGGGAGCGAUUCCAUGAGUCAGAGGGUUCCUUCCAAUUCUUGCUUUAGAAAUCUCCUAUUCUACCCAGCCUUCUUGCAUUUUAAUGGGAAAAGUAAUGGUAAUUUCAUCUCCUGGAAAAGUAUAGUUGGCUUAAAACAGUUUGAAGAUUUUCCUGUGUUUUUGCAAUGUUUGCUGCAGCUUUGAUGGUCACUGAUGGCCCAGAUGACACACAGCAGUUGCACAUUAAUCAUUUCCACGUGUGCUAGGGCCUAAUGGGUUGGAGUUUUGCACAGCUGAACUGUUGCCCAAGCUUUGAUAGCCCAUUUCUCCAAAAGGCUUGAGCAAAUCAUGUCUACUUGGGAAUUCUAUUUUCUUUAGCAAGGAAGCAUGACCCUGAGAAUGAUGCCUUCAGCAGGCAUUUACCCAGUGGAUAUUUUGGAAGAUGAUCCCGAGGGGUAUCAGGAAGCAGCUCUGGCUUACUAUACCUCACUUGGGAAAGGAGCUCGGACCUCCCCAGAGAUUUUCUCUCUUCCCACUGGGGAGCAGGUUAAACUUGAAGCUUCAUCUGUUUGCUUUUGCACUAUGUACCGUGAUGAACCUCAGCAUAAGAUACUGGUUUUGGUAAAUCCCCAGGUUACAAAGACAGUUGUGGCUGUUUAUAUAAAGAAAUCCUGGUGGUUCACGGAAGAGGUACUGAGAACCUCUGAUCCUGUAAGAGAAGGGCUGUUGAAGGUUCAGUCAUUUGGGGAGAGGAUUGUGCUUUUUGUUCUGAAUGUCAUUAUUUUUGGAAGAUUGGAGAGAAAUUUGGAUGAUGAUGACAUGUUUUUCCUACCUCACUCUGUGAAGGAGCAAGCUAAGAUUCUGUGGAGACGCGGAGCAGCUGUUGGAUUUUACACAACCAAAAUGACAGGCAGCCUGUGUGGCGAUGGCACUGGUGCAUGCUACCUGCUGCCUGUCUUCGAUACUGUGUUUGUCAGGAGAAAACACCGUCGCCAAGGCCUUGCAAUGGCUAUGCUGCGGGACUUCUGCGAGACAUUCCCAGAGGACGAGGCUCUAGGGAUCAGUUGCCCGAUUUCUCCGGCCAUGUACCGAGUCUGCAGGCGGUUCCUGCGAGCCUGGCCGGAGGAGCGAGGGCGCCUGUGGGAGGUGGAGACCCCGGGAGCCUGGGGUCAGCGCAGCAACAUCUGGCUCAAGGUUCAGCUUCAGCAGGCCGGACUUCCAGACUCAUACCCAGGAAAUUCCAAGGAGGAGGAGGUGGGCGUGAACGGUCAUGGACAGACUUCUCAGGGUAACAGACCCAGACAGUCCGCUAAUGGUGAAGGCAACAAGGAGAGGACCUGUGGGGAAGAACUGGAAAGCUCAAAUAAUGGUCAAGAUCUUGGAGUGAAAGAGGAGGAAGCUGGGCUGCCCGAGAGAGCCUGCUGGGCUGAGCUGGAGGUGCAGGAAGCCAAGAGGACAGCGGAAGAGGCGGGGCUGGACGGGGAUCCCUGGCAUAAGCUGCCCCAGCCCAGUCCCUGAGUCUUCCAGAAGCCUGUCUGGGCCUGGGGCAGGGGCCUAGUCUGAGAGCUCAUGUGGCCAGAGACUGGCCUUCUGUCCUUGCUGAGCCUUCCCUGUCAUCUUUGAGGAGACAGUGACUCUACUGUCCCCACUUACCUUAGGCCUCUGGAGUGGACUCAGUUCUAGAAUACCUGACAAUAAAUAUUCUUUGUCAAGCAUAAAGCACUGUACAGGACUUAGGGAUUAUUUUUCCAAGCUAAUUGUUGGCAAUUCAGAAGAUUUUAGAAACUCAUUCAUUAAGCGGGGUUUCUAUUCCUUAGGAUAAAUUGGUACACCCAUGCUGGAACCACAUGAAUGUUUUCCUGAACAUGCCUCUUUCCUUAUAUAAGUGUGAGGAAGCUCAGGGAGGCCCACACCCAUCUGGUCCAGGCUGCAAAAACCCUUUACAGGUUUGUGUGCUCCAGCCCUGGUGUAACUGGGAGGACACAGGCACCAAAGAGGUUCCCAGAGAGAUACAUUCCUUUUCCAGGGGAGCUUCAGCCAUGUCCAUCCAUACACACAUCUGAUACAUCUGUCUGUCCAUUCAUCCAUCUGUCUAUCCAUCCACCCAUCCUGUUGUACAGCAGACACCAGUGUGUUUUCUCGGGAAUAAGCUCUGUGCUAGGCCCUGGGGAUAUAAGAGAGGUGUGGUUGCUGGCUUCAAGUAGGAGUUUCUUCUGGAAUGUUCUACUGGAGUUUUUUUCACUCUCAUACCUAGUACAAAGAGGUUCAGUUGAACAGAAAUAGAGUUUAGAACUCCAUGUAGAGAUAUCUUGAAGGCCCCCUGCCCCUUACAUGGGGAUUGUCUGUGAAGGAGACACAGACCAUAAAAGCAGGGUCAGGUCUGCAGCCGAGAGGGCCCCCCGUGUGAUGUCACAUAUAAGCUUUCACACGCCGGGAUGUGCCGUGAACAUUGUGAUGGAAUGGUUGGUGUUGUGUUUACAUGAAAAAGUGUCCCAGGGAUCUGAUGAAGUGCUAUUCAAUAAAAGAGUCCUCUCAGCAAAGAAAAACUGAUGUGCUGAGGUCGUCAUUUAAGGGUGUGGAAACUGACCUUGCUGAGUUAGAAGGGGAUACUCUCUGCCACUCCCCAGCAGUGGCACGGUCUGUGUGGGGGCUAGGCCAUGUGCAAGGGUCCCUUCCACGCAGUGUGUGGGGACUGCCCGUCAGGCUUGCGUUCGCAUGUGUUGUUGUUUCUAUUAAAUCAUUUUUGUUUAUUA